AUGGAUUUCAUUCUCUCUCUUACGCACUUCUGCGAGGUGCAUGGCCCCACGUCCAUCCUUUGCUCGCAGGUCCUCCCAUUCGCCUGUACGCAAUGCCAUCCCGAACACGACGCCGCUUCCUCGCCCUCGCCCCGCGAUCCCACCAAGUCACCCUCGCCCUCUGAGGCCGGGAGCUCGAAGUCUCCCAAGAUCGAAGAUCACCCGUAUUUUCUGCGCCCGCAAGUAGCUUCCCCGGAAGACCGUUCCAACCGCGCCGGCGGAACGGAUGGCGACUCCUGCGCCAGCUGUAGCCUGUCGCUCCCCGAAGAUGUGAGCAAGCAGCUCCCCGCCGGGGCGCCUGGGAGCCGUGACGCAAAGGGCAACAAUGGAAGCCCCGUGUUACGCUCACGCGAGGUCGUCUACUCCUGUGGGAACAGUCACUCCGACGAUGAUUACACCCCAGACCCUCAUGCCCAUGCCUCUCCUCCCGAUUCACUUCACUCAUCAUCGGUCGCAUCUGACGCAUCCUGUCACACACACAUCCUGACCUACCUUUCACUCCGGGGUCCGCCGAACCCCGCGGACUACGCCCUUCUCCGCCGCUCCUCUAUCCGCACACUGAGCUGCGAGCUGCUACCCCGCGGACUGUCUUCCGGGCCAUUGUGCUUUGGUGAUUCCGUUGCAGGCUACACCAUUGCAUACAUCUUCCGUCUCCCUGACCCGAUGGCGCGCGGCAAGCGACGCAGUUACGCCCUAGUGGCCCUAGCCGGAAAAGACGCCGGAAGAGCGUUUCGGGCGUGUCCUGUAAUCUGGCGCGCAUUUGGCCGCAUCGCAUCCAGUAUUGUGAACGCGGCCGAGCGUUUCCAAGAGGAAGAGAAGCGUCGCGAGGAACAGACCAAUCCCGGAAACAACAUGCACCAUCGACAAUACACACCGGUUUCUUCCUUCCUUACAGGUCGUGCCAUGGACCCGACCGGACAGCCGCGACGCCUUGGUCAAAUUCGGGCCCGCAACUUGGCUGAGAUUCUCGGCAAUGAGUACAUCUUUGCUGAACUUCACGCGCAUUUUGUCGCCUUGCUGCAGCAGCUCGGUAACAUGUUCGGAGGGGUACCUAUCUCCGACGAACGCUUCGUUUGCAGUACAGUAGGCGACGACGAGAGCACGUCUCCCCAACCGAUGUUUGUCUCCAAAAAGCGCCAGUCUGUUUCGAAGCACGACGGUAACGAGCUCGACAUGGCCAAUCUCGACAUUUCUACCGGCCCGAAACCCAUUCCUAUCAACCCUCGGCGGUCUGUCGUGGCCUAG